CGGCACUCAUGUGCAGGCACGGUUGUUGUUAGCCAUUAGCCGCGAAACUACUCUGCGCGCUCCAUUAUUUCACAAAUUUUGGCAUUUGAAAUUUUCUGCUUGAUAGUAUGGAUGUCGGAGAGCUCCUAAAUUACCAGCCUGACAGAGGAGCAAAGCGUCCCAGGAACAAGGAUGGAGGGGCCACUGGAGGAGAUGAUGUGAGAGUGAAGCACCAAAAGACCCUCAGCAGAGAGCUGCACAGACACAGAGAACAGCUGGAGACAGAAGAGGAGUCUGAGGAGGACACUGGACACCGGAACAAGAUCUUAGAGAAACUUCUGGACCAGGAUGAAGAUGAUCCAGAGGCCGAGCCAGUGGACGAGAGUUCAGUGAAGAAAAUGAUUCUGACCUUUGAGAAGAGGUCCUACAAAAACCAGGAGCUGAGGAUUAAGUUUCCGGACAACCCAGAGAAGUUCAUGGAGUCAGAGUUGGAUCUGAAUGACAUUAUCCAGGAGAUGCACGUGAUUGCCACUAUGCCAGACUUGUACCAUCUGCUUGUUGAGCUGAACGCUGUCCACUCACUGCUGGGCCUACUCAGCCACGAAAACACUGAUGUGGCCAUAGCCGUGGUGGACCUGCUGCAGGAGCUGACAGAUAUCGACACCCUCCACGAGAGUGAGGAGGGAGCUGAGGUCCUCAUCGAUGCUCUGUUGGAGGGUCAGGUGGUCGCUUUGUUGGUACAGAAUAUGGAGCGUCUGGAUGAGUCUGUGAAGGAGGAGGCUGAUGGCGUCUACAACACACUGGCAAUCAUCGAAAACAUGGCAGAGUUCAGACCAGGACUGUGCACAGAGGCAGCUCAGCAGGGACUCAUGCAGUGGCUGCUCAAAAGAAUCAAGGCCAAGAUGCCGUUUGACGCUAACAAGCUGUACUGCAGUGAAAUCUUGGCUAUUCUGCUACAAAACAAUGAUGACACCAGAGAGCUGCUGGGGGAGAUGGACGGCAUCGAUGUGCUGCUCCAGCAACUGUCCGUAUUCAAACGUCACAACCCGUCCACAGCGGAGGAGCAGGAAAUGAUGGAAAACCUGUUUGAUGCUCUGUGUUCAUGUCUAAUGUUGCCCAGUAACAGAGACCGCUUCCUCAAAGGGGAGGGACUUCAGCUCAUGAAUCUCAUGCUCAGAGAAAAGAAAAUGUCCCGAACUAGUGCUCUGAAAGUUCUGGACCACGGAAUGAUAGGACCCGAGGGUGCCGACAACUGCCAUAAAUUUGUGGACAUCCUGGGCCUGAGAACCAUCUUUCCCCUUUUCAUGAAAACCCCCAAAAAGAUGAAGAAAACUGGGACUUCAGAGAAAGAGCAUGAAGAGCAUGUGUGCUCCAUCAUCGCCUCCAUGUUGCGGAACCUCAAGUCUCAACAGAGAAGCAGGCUACUCACCAAGUUCACUGAGAAUGACUGUGAGAAGGUUGAUCGGCUAAUGGAGCUGUACUUUAAAUACCUGGAGGCUGUUCAACAGGCCGACAAGAGGAUCGAAGGAGAAAAGCAUGAGAUGGUGCGGCGAGGGGAGAUCCUGGACGACAGCAUGGAAGAUGAGUUCUACCUCAGAAGGCUGGACGCUGGGCUGUUUGUUCUACAACUCAUCUGCUACAUUAUGGUGGAGAUCAGCAACUCGGGGAUAGCACAAUUGCAGCAAAGAGUCCAGCAGAUUCUGAACGUCAGAGGAGGCUCUGUCAAAGUGAUACGACACAUAAUGAGAGAGUAUGCAGAGAGCAUUGGCGAUGGGAAGACUGAGGAGUUCAAAGAAGCUGAGAGGAAGAGGAUCAUGGACCUCCUGGACUCUUUCUAAUAUUAUUUUUUAGUACUUUUUUUUUUUACCGGCACCAUGCAGCAAGGUUUGAAUUUGGAUAGUAGUUCUUUCAUGUUUUGUCUGGAUUGCUUUUCCUUGACAGACAUUCCUCUAGACUAGAAAUCGGCUGAUAUGUGUUUUUUUUUUUUUUUUUCCUUUUUCUCUUCAUGGCCAAUACCGAUUGUUUAGAACCCAAAGGAACCGAUGGUCGAUGACUUAUGGUGAUAUUUUUAGGGUGAUAUAUAAGGCCAGUUUUGGGCAUUUCCAGAAAUUAUCUAAUAAGAAUUCAAAACAAAAUCAUCCCCAACCUUGUAGAAAGCAGUGUAGUAAUUUUUGCAGUAUCCUCUUAAGACUAAAGUGUUCAAACAAAACUUUAUACAUAUAUAUUAUCAGGAAUAUUUAGGCCAACUAAUAUGUCAGUCUAUCUCUCCUCUAGAACACAUAUGUGUUAAUGGACUAGCAUGCAGAAAAUGUUAAAUUUGUUUUAUCUUUUUUUGUUUGUUUGUUUAGUUUAUUAUAUUGGUCUUUUUGUCUGUUUGUACAACUUGAUAAAAAAACAAAGUAAUAAAAAUGUUAUGUUAUAAGGUAAAUCAAAAUACAAACCCAAGCAUAAAAUAGAGCACAUUUAGACAAGAUAAUAUUAUCUUUCUGGAAUAAAACCAAAUAAUAAUUUAUAAAUCAUGUUCAGUUAAUUAAUGCAUAGAUGUAAAAGGGCAUUCAUCUUCAUUUCAUAAUGAGUAAUUUUACCCUGAGCGCUAACAGUUGCUGAAACAAUAUCGAAGCUUAAUAGAAAUACAUUUAGUUCAUUAAUUUUUAUAAAGUGCAUUGUUUUGCAAAUAGUUCUAAAGUGCUUUGGUGAGAUUGUUUUAUUCAGAAAAGGUCCUUGAAGAGCAAAUCUUUGUUAUUAUAUAAAACAAUGGACUAUAAAACCUUUUUAGAUAAAAUUAAAGAUGUUCAUUCCUAGUAAAAAAAAAAAAAAGACAAAGGGGUCUGUUGUCCUGGGCCCCAAGGUUUUAGGGGCCCAGAAUUGGACCCUCAAACUAUUAAUUUAUAUUAGAGGGGGGCCCAUGUGAGUCGUCUUGCCCUAGGCCCCCACAUUUCUCUUGAUGGUCCUGCAUAGAACAACUAAUAUAAUUAAAAUUUAGGUGGCACAGAUUUGAUUAAUUUACUACAUUACGAAUCCCAGUGUUUUCUACUUUCUACAUGCAUGUCUAACUUGCCUUUGACCUUUCAAAAGUACAGGGAAAGUUAAUAAUUUGUAUGAUUAAUAGCAUUUUAUAUUUCUUAUUUCAAGAUCAAAAUUGCCUUCCUUGCACAAACUAAUCCUUCCACCAAGAAUCCAUCAAACGCUAUUAUCUUUGCGGUCUACUUAGAAUCUCAUUAUCUGCUGUUAAAGCCAGUCUUAAUAGUGCCCGAUUGAACAGACACACAUUGUUGUCCUGACCUGAUAACUCAUUAGCUUCUGCCGCAGUUUGGAGAAUAGAUUUUAAAUACAUUCUCAGUAAACGUGCUCUGUCAGUGCUGGUAGAUUUGCCUUUGCAGUUUCAUAUUGUGUAAACACCGAUGUCCCCUUUUCACCUGUUUGUUUUGGAUUUCCAUGUAACAUAUUUUCCAAUAAAAACAUUUGCUAAUAAAGUUGUGUACCUUUAA